UUCACCACGAUGACGGCCGAAUCAAGCCCAGUCGACGACGACUUCCUCUCCUCCGUCGAAGGCGAAAUUUCAUUCUUCCGCUCUCUCAUGCGCACACGACCCGUCGGCCUUCACCGCCACUUCCACAUCCUGUCAAUGCGGAACGCUAUCUACAGGGACACUGGCCGACACGUCUCGAUAGAGGACCUCUGGGAGAAGCUUCGAAGUUGCUAUGACCUUGACGCGCUGGAGAACCUGGAAACGGAAGGGUACGAAUCUCCCGGGUCGAGUUCGCCUACGCCACACCAAGCAAGAUCACCUUCACCGAGCGAGAACCUCUGGUCACAUCCCUUCUUUCGCAAAGAAUUCGAACUGCCAUGGGACGAGGAGAUCAUUUCCAUUCUUGACUCAAGACGACUGCGAGGGCCCGAAGAUCCAGCUUCGCCUGCUUCACCGCCACCGCCGACGAAGAGGGGUCGGGGUAAGAAGAGGACGAGGAGCGAUGUGGCUACGGCGGGAUUGAUCGGUGGGGAUAGUGAUAGCAGUGCGUUGACACAGGAGAGUGGAGACGAGAGUGCGUUGCCUACGCCUAGGGAAAGCGCGACGGAUGGUGGGACAGACUAUGCGGAUGAGGACGAGGAAUCUGUCGAGACGGCGAAACCUACCAAGAAGGGGAAGAGCACGAAGAAAGGCGCGUCAACGCGUCGCGCCAGCACUUCUCGUCCAGCAAAGAAGCGGAAACGUUGAUGGUGUUGGUGGUGUACAUAUCUCCGGACGUUCGCUCGCCACUUUGCUGUAAUU